UUUACCCAAAACGAGGGCCCUGCUUUGUAUCACCUAACCCUUUCAGGCGCAAGAUGGUCUCAAUCCAUGGCUGGUAUAUGGCCUCACAGUCAACCAAACAGAUCAAUGUUCAAACCUCACGGAUGAGUCAAGAGAGGAACUCCUUGGCUUAAGAAGCUGCGUGAGCGUCUUCUCAGUCCCAAAUUUCUGACAUAGAUAUAUCGUACAUAUAUUCUAUAUGCCUUUUUCCUUCUCUUACAUCCACUUAGAACAAAGAUUGUAACAGCCAAUAGCAGUACACAGGGGAUGAUGAAGAAGAUGACCGUUUAGGGUUUUUAGAAUACUCUGAAAUAGCCACUGCUUUUAUUUUCACUCUGGGACGCGCCUCAGCUGUGGCCAUGGCUCAAGGUUAUGCUUCUCACCCUAGCUAGCCUAUGGCUCUUUUUGUGGAAUCAGAUAAUACUUAAUUUGACCUUUCCUUAAAGGAAUACAACAAGAUUUAUUACUUCAUGGCUCGGAAAGGUAAUCAACAGAAGAAUGGGUUAGAUCACCAUACAUUAAACCACAAAAGAAGAGGUUCAGCUUCAGGGGGUAAUCCAACAAAUACGAAAGGGCGCGGAAAAGCAUGUGAAGUGAAGGUUUUUCCAGGAGAAGAACUCCCAAACAGUAACCAGCCAAGCAAGUUUGGAGAGACUGUGAGUAAAACCAAUUAUGCAUUAGAUGAGAACCAAAGUGAAAAAAAAUCUGAGAACCUUUCAGGGACAGAGAAGCAAGGGAUGGAUGCAAUGCGAGGUCCAGAGCAACCAAUGUCUUCUGGGAGUGAUUUAGGGGAUUGCAUUGGAAAUAUGGAAACUUCAACUGAACAAGAAAAUGGGAUGCUACAUGGGACUAACCAAGGUGGAAAACAUACAAAAAGUAGCCUGCCAUUCUCGCUUAAUGGUUUGAAUAUUAGAAAUGUGAUAGAAAAUGUUGAGUUUUCAGAUAAUUUGGUGGUUAGAAGUGUGAGAGCGUCAGCGUUAUCAGUCUUAAAGGCAGCUAGUGAAUGGCUAGAUAGGCAAAGACCGUUGUUUGUAACUCUAACAACCAAAAUACUGAAUGCGCGUGACUAUGCUAGAAUGAAGGUUGAGCAGGCAUAUCCCAUUGUUUUGAAAUGGCUCAUGCAUUUUGGGAGCAUAAUGCUUCUUAUAUCAAUGGUUUGGUUAGACUGUACUCUUAGAGGCAUUGAUUCCUUCUUGCGCAUGGGGACAACAUCCUUCUUCUCAGUUAUAUGGUUCAGCAUAUUCUCUGUAAUUGCUAUGGUUGGGAUGCUCAAGUUUCUUAUUGUCUUGGCUCUAGCUGUUCUUAUCGGAGUUUUUGUUGGGUUCACUCUUGCAAUUUUGUUUGUUGCCAUUUCUGGAGCUGUUCUCUUGUGGUUUUUUGGAAGCUUUUGGACAACAGUGCUUGUCAUCUUCCUUGGAGGUAAGCCUCUUACCUUACUGUUCCAGUGGAUCAUCUUUUCUAUUACUUUUACACUGGCCGCACCACUCACUGAAAUUGUUAAAAAAUCUGUGGGUUUUAAAUGGGGUAGUGAGCAAGAUCGUGCAUUUAUUGCGAUUAAAGAAAUGUUAUGUGAUGCGCCUCUAUUAGCAUUACCUGAUUUUUCUAAAACUUUUGAAAUUGAGUGUGAUGCCUCAGGAAUAGGUAUUGGAGCUGUUUUGAUGCAGGAGAAGCGGCCACUAGCCUAUUUUAGUGAAAAGCUAAAUGGGACAGCUUUGAACUACCCGACAUAUGACAAGGAGCUUUAUGCAUUGGUGAGAGCAUUGGAGACAUGA